AUGGAAACGGAUAUUAAGCAGCAGCGUAUCAAACGCAGUAAGCGCCGGGAACGGGCUCAGCGUAUGCACGCUAAGAAACAUGAGCUGGACAGUGGCGAAGAGGACGAACUGUCCACAAAAGAAAAGGCGCAGAGGCCCCCGCCGCCGAACCGCAGGAAAAAGAAGGAAACCACACUGUUCGACGAGGACGUUGUCGACGGAUUUGCUAUUCUUUCUUUCAAGUCGUACGAAGAUCUUGAAAAUUGUGUGCAACAAUGUUUGGUGAAGAGUGCAGUGACUCUUGGGUUAGAUCCAUCAUCUCAAAGCUUUUUACAUCGGAAUCAUCAUAAGCAUCACCGAAAUCAUGCACAUAACCACAAUAACAAUAAUCAUCAUCACGACAGUAAUUCCAGUACUCCAGUUACACCAGUCAAAACAGAAUAUAAUGUCCCUAGUCCUCCGACAACACCUAAUAAUUUUAAUCAUAAUAAGGAUUCGUCGUCAUUGGAUUUAAAGCACGAUAGUGAAGGAGGUGACAAUGAUGCUUCUGUUGUAAAUUCAAAUUCUGUACAAUCCUUUAAAAGACCAUCUGGUAAUAAAGUAUCUACAUCUUCACUUAGUCAGAGUGGUCAAAGACGAUCGAGUUCGAGGGAACGAUUCAGUGAUGCGAGUAGCAAUUGUAGUUCAGGCAGGGGAUAUAUUUGUGAUAGUGAAGAUGAGGGUGAUAAGGGUUCAGAUAAUUCUGAUCUCUUCAGGACCAGUCUGGUUUCCAGGAAAGAUGAAUUACCAGGAAGAAUUUCUUCUGAACCUACCCAGAAUUUACCUGCUACGGUGUCUAAAGAACCUAUAUCAAUAACACCACCAAGUCGACAACCUACUCCCCCAUUAGUUAAUGGUAUAGAGUUUGAUAACCAUUCGACGCCUGAAACAACAACAGCAUCUACGACUCAUAUUAGGCCCUCACAAAAUCCUAUGUUACCACCUCCUUCAACUACUCCACGGGCUCUACAGGUGUCUCAACCAAAAUGUCCAUCUCCUACGAUACCUCCAGCAUCCACGCCCCCUACUACACCUAAACCUCAAAGUACACAUGUGAAUGGACAUGAACCUUCAACGACUCCUGCUACAGUUACGUCGAGGUAUUCCCCAGUACCAUCUUCAGGGCUCAAUAGUCCUCGAAAUUUUUCAACUAAUCCGGUACCAACACCACCUACGAGUGCGCCAUACCAAACACCGCCUCAAGCGUGUCCAUUGUCUUUGAGCAUAACAAAUUCUUACAUUACUCCUUCAACGUCUCAACAUCCAGUCUUAUCCCACGCAGCAUCGAAUUACAUCCCAAAAUCUUCUAAUCAAACACCAUCUCCUCACCAACACAGUUCUCCUUAUAUGCAAAAACCAAACAUGAUAUACCAUCCACCUCACGGUGCUCCUUAUCCCUCGCCUAAUUACCAUCCAUAUAAAUCUACCCCGUCGUUAUUGGCUACAGUGUCUAGUGCAUAUAUGCCAUAUUCUACCCCCCAGUCAUCCACAGUGACUGUAUCUGCUUCUUCUACGAUUCCUAGCACAUCCAGUAGUCCGAUAACAACGACAACGCCAGUAAAUAAUUUUAGCUCUCCGUACCAACCUCCUGUCCAUCAACAACAUUAUCCACCGUUGUAUGCUCCGUACAGAAGUACACCAUAUAUGCCAUCUGCGCUAUCAAAUGCAGCCAGAUUAAGUCGAACUUCUCCAAUGUCUGUGAUAUCAACAAAAUCAAGUGUUGUGUCAGCACCUCCUCUUGUUGCACCAACAGUUGCUGCUGCUUCUACUUCUACUACCACUACUACGUCAAUUUUGAGUGGACACCCUGUGUUAGGUAGAGGGCAGUCGCCACGAGGACCAAGUCCAAACAGAGAUCGUGAUAGUUAUAUUUUAAACCGAAGUAAUGGCCCUCCAUUAAAUUCUCCUUCGUCGUUCAAUACUUCAUCAUUAGCAUUACCUCCUGCUGCUACUCCAACAUUAGCACCUACUGUUUCAUCUUCAGCGCCUUCUAGUCUUGUAUAUAAUAAACCACAAUUAUGGGGUCCAAUGGGAAACAACAGUAUUGCGACAUCUACAAUGGCAAAUAUUACUCGACAACAUCCAUCAUCAUACCCCCCUCCGUUAUUUUCUUCACCGGUAUCUACCGCUACGUCACAAUCUUCUUCAUUGCCAUCAGCACCACCUGCUCAUAAUCCCUUUUCCGCUGAAUCUUUAUUUCAAUCAAAUCAAGCUGACAUGUUAAGGAGAGAACUAGACUCAAGGUUUUUAGCAUCAUCACAAGAAAGAACUUUGGGUGUUGGUGCACCUUACUUACGGACAGAAAUGCACCAUCACCAGCAUCAACAUACUCAUGUCCACCAACACACAGCAACACCACUAAUCCCUGCUGUAGCUGCAACUACUACAACUAUACCAAAUGCUUCAACAAUACCACCAGCACCAACUUCGGCAUUAUAUCCUCCUCCACUGUUUAAAGAUAUACCCAAAUUGGGAGGAGUUGAUUCACCGUUUUAUAGGCAGAAUUUAUUGUCUGGUAGCUAUCCUGGAUUUACACCAGGCCUAUUGCAUUCUUCAAUGGGUCACACACCAUUUACACCACCAAAUCAUAUGCCGACAUUUACACCAAAACAGUUGACUGAUACAUCUAAGCCUACAAAGUCAAGUAAACCUGGAAAAUGGAAUGCAAUGCAUGUGCGGUUAGCCUGGGAAAUUUAUCAUUAUCAACAGAAACAACAAGUUGCAGAAACCAAAAAUGUUGCAAACAAUCCUGUGCCAAAGACUGAAUUAUUAAGGCCACCCACACAUUUAUUUCCACCUAGCCGACCACCACACGAUCUCUCUCCGUUUACAUCGCCUCAUCAUCAUCAUCAUCCGGGAUUACCUCCGGGCUAUCCACCUAUGGGUCCUGCAGCAAUGUUUACAAGGUACCCGGCUGGAUUUCCACCAAUAUCCUCAUUCCCACCCAAUCCCAUGAAUGAUCCAUGGGCUAGGUUACAGCCUUCUCGUGGGCUACCUACACAAAACUCAGCAUACGGGCCUUCUGGAGGUUGGCCAAUAAAACCAGAUCCUGUAGAAACCGAACGAGUAGAACAGCAACAACGAGAACGUGAAAGAGAACGGGAGCGAGAGCGUGAACGGGAGAGAGAACGUGAAAAAGAAAGGGAAAGAGGUCGAGAAAGAGAAAGAGUGAAACGCGAAGAAAAGAGAAGACAUAUGAUUCAACAGCAGCAAUUGCAGCAUCAACAACAACAACAGCAACAGCAGCAGCAGCAGCAUCAACAACAGCAGCAGCAGCAACAUCAACAUCAACAACAACUUCAACAUCAACAGCAACAACAACAUUUACAACAUCAACAUCAGCAACAACAACAACAAGUAGCUAAAAUGAGAGAACGAUCACCUCUAAAAGAUCCUAAUUUGAUGUCCAAAGAAGAUGAUUUAAAUAAUAUGAUGUUGGGUCGUAUUCCACCUCCAUCUCAUUACCUUCCUCCGCCUCCAAGACAUCCUCAAAGAGCUACACAUCUACCAACACAUUUUUCACCAUGGGAUCAGUAUAGAUAUGAUUCUUUGAGGUUCAGUCCAUUAAUUGCUGCAGCUGCUUAUAGAGCUGAAGAAGAAGAACAUAGAGCCAAAUUAUUUGGUUACCACCCUCAAGCCCAUUUAAGACCAAAAGACCCAUCUCCUAACACUCAUCGAUCAAUGCCUCCAGAUAUGCAAUUACCUAAAAAAGAAGAAUCUUCUCAAUCUAGGUAG